ACACGAUCCCCUCCCGCAUCCCACCAGCAGCCAGCGAGGAAGCAGCUCCCACAUCCGACCAGCGACGCUUGGAUUGGAUCCAUGGACGCCCCGCAAAAGAAGGCUAGAUCCAUGGACAAGGACGGCAAGAUGCCUCCGCUGCCUCUGACUGUGGGCAAGAAGAAGACGGCGUCUCCGUGCCCGGAUACUGUCCGGCUGGUCAGCCAGUGGACACUCUCCACCGCCUGCUUCUUCCUCGUCGUCUUUGCAGUAACCCAGACUCUCGACCACUACCACCUCCCCGUUCCCUGCAGCCCGUCCUCGCUCGUUCUGCGGUGCGUCGAGCUGACGGACGCGGGGGCCGUUGAGGCAGCCAACGCCGCCGCGGAAAGCGCUGGCUGGAUCGGGAUGCUGUGGUGCGGCACGGCACAGGCGGCCGCGGCGGCGCUGGCGCUGCAUCUCCCAUGCCGCUACCGCCGGGUCCGCCGCGCCCUCGCCUACCUCGCGCUCGCUCUCGCCAUCGUCGGCCACAGCUUGUACGCCCGCGCCACCGUCCUCCUCUACGCCGCCGACCCAGGGUCCCUCUUCGCGGUGAUCGGCUGGACCCUGAUCAUAGCCUUCUUGGCGGUGGUCGACCUCCUCUGCUUCCUGGUCCUCGUCAUGGGACGUGAGGCGGCGUAGAUUGACGAUAUGUAGCUGCUGUCGCAGUGUCAAUUUGCUAGAUUGACGAUACUACUCGUUACUAGUACUUACUACUCGAGUGCCCAGAUGGGAUAUGUAAUUACUUUGGAUUGACCGUGGUCACUCUUUGGAGUACGUAUGUGCUAUGAAACAUCUGUGGUUUUAUAUAUGCAUCAAUUCCUAGGCGUUCUUUGGGGAGUGA